AGCCACAAAGACGGUUCCAUGAACUUGAUCAUUUUUAACCUCUCCGACCAUUCGGGAAUAAGAAUACUACACAACACCUUUACAGACUGGCUUCAUUGGGAAUACUACAACCAUGGGCUUCCCUCUAUGCCUAUGUCUUCUCUCUUUGAUUUUCACAACUGCUUGUGGUUCAGGUUUUAGUGACGACACAACGCUUCAUGAAAACUCUUAUAAGGAAAAGUGGAUGGCAUCUAUACCUGAUGACCAACUCCUUUCAGCUGUUACUAUUCCCGGAACUCAUGAGAGCCUAACUCUGUAUGGUGGACCUCUUAUACAGUGUCAGGCUUGGACCUUGGAGAACCAGCUGAAAGCAGGAUUGCGGUACUUUGAUUUCCGUAUAGAGGCCAGUAUUUUCCACAACACCCUUGAUGUCAUGGAUGGGCAUAUAAAACAUACCAAGUUCCAUGACGUGCUAAACAUUCUGUGGGAGUUCUUGGGCAAACAUGACAGUGAGACUGUACUUUUGAGAGUGACACUGCAAGGGAUGAGUAUCUGGAAUGCCAGAGAAUCUAUCAAGGAUUUGAUUAAGAAAUCCAAAGAUAAUGUAUGGACAGAGACGUUGGUCCCCCACAUGCGAGACGCGAGAGGGAAGAUCGUCUUUGUGCAGAGUACCAAUUUCAAUGUCGGAACCCUUAACCAUAACACUUUCGUCACUUACGAUGGAUGGUUCAAAAACAUUGAAAACAAGAUGAAAACGAUCACAAAACGUCUGAAAGAAGCUCAAAAGAAUUGUGCUCAUACAAUUUCCUUGACUGACACCUCCGCCACAGGCUUUUUCAUAGGCCCUAAAACUGUGGCCAGAGUGGUUAAUGAUCAGCUCAAUAAGCUCUUAGGUAAACUAAAGACAGGCUCUGAUAAACCAAACUGCUUGGGGGUAAUCAGCAUGGACUUUCCCAGUCCAGACCUCAUCCAGAACAUCAUUGAGAUAAAUAGGCAACAAGGAAGAGGUUCAUCUGAACGCCUAGUAGAGCCUGAACCAGAGCGUGAACCAGCAGAGCUUGGACCAGCAGAGCCUGAACCAGCAGAGCCUGAAGAACCUGAACCAGCAGAGCUUGAGCCAGGUGAAGAGCAUGAACCAGCAGAGCCUGUACCAGUAGAUUCUGAACCUUCAGGGGAGCCUGAACCAGUAGCGCCUGAGCCAGUAGAGCCUGAGCCCGCAGAGCCUGAACCUGCAGAGCUUGGACCAGCAGAGCCUGAACCAGCAGAGCCUGAAGAACCUGAACCAGCAGAGCUUGAGCCAGGAGAAGAGCAUGAACCAGCAGAGCCUGUACCAGUAGAUUCUGAACCUUCAGGGGAGCCUGAACCAGUAGCGCCUGAGCCAGUAGAGCCUGAACCUGCAGAGCUUGAACCAGCAGAGCCUGAACCAGCAGAACAUGAAGAACCUGAACCAGGAGAACCUGAACCAGGAGAGCCUGAACCAGCAGAGUCUGUACCAGUAGAUUCUGAACCUUCAGGGGAGCCUGAACCAGUAGUGCCUGUACCAGCAGAGCCUGAGCCUGCAGAGCCUGAGCCAGUAGAAGAGGAUGAACCAGCAGAGCCUGUACCAGUAGAUUCAGAACCUUCAGGGGAGCCUGAGCCAGUAGAGCCUGAACCAGCAGAGCCUGAACCAGCAGAGCCUGAACCAGCAGAGCCUGAACCUGUAGAGCUUGGACCAGCAGAGCCUGAACCAGCAGAGCCUGAGCCUGCAGAGCCUGAACCUGUAGAGCUUGGACCAGCAGAGCCUGAACCUGUAGGGCUUGGACCAGCAGAGCCUGAACCAGGAGAGCCUGAGCCACCAGAGCCUGAACCUUCAGAGCUUGGACUAGCAGAACCACAACCAGCAGAGCAUGAAGAACCUGAACCAGCAGAGCCCAAACCAGCAGAGCCUGAACCCGCAGAACCUGAACCAGUACAGCCUGAACCAGCAGAGCCUGAGCUAGCAAAGCCUGAGACACCAGAGCCUGAACCUUCAGAGCUUGAGCCAGUAGAGCCUGCACCUGCAGAUUCCGAACCAGUAAAGGCUGAACCAGCAGAACCUGAGCCUAAUGCCGCAUUGCCUGAACCGGCUGAGCCUGAUCCAGUAGAACCUGAACCAAUAGAGCCUGGGGAGCCUGAACCUCCACGGGAGCCUGAACAACCUAAGAAAAAACCUAGGAAGAAGAAAUGUCAUAAGAAACAUAAAACUAACAUAUAAGUAUUAACAUACAAUUCAGUUAUUGUCCAAUGAAACUCAGACUUGUGCCCAAACCCCCCAAAAAUAUAUACAAUGUAAAAUCUUCCAAACAUGUAUUUGUCUAGACUUCCAUUGUGUUCUGAGGCCAUGGUAAGAGGCAGCUAAAUAGACUGUAGUUGAUGUGUUGUGAGAUGAGAGUUCCACACUUCUAAUACAGUUUGAAACAAUUUACAGCAGAGGUGUCAAACUCAUUCCACAGAGGACCUAGAGUCUGCAGGUUAGACAACCAGUGGAGGGGAGUUCCUUACUAAUUAUUGACCUUAUUUUAUUCAUUAAGGACAAGGGAGGAGCAAAAACCCGCAGACAGUCGGCCGUCCGUGGAACGAGUUUGACACGUGAUACAGUAUAUCUGGUUCUUCUUUAUGUACAUUACAAUUACGGUUGGCUCUCUUCUUCAAUAUUACAUGUACAUUUCACCUUAAUAACAUUUGAAAUAAAGAUUAAACCAAUA